AUGCAGCUCACUGUAAACAGCAGCAUUAAUAUGGACUUACUGAUGUAUACUGUUUCGAUACAUGUGCCAGUGUUGCAGGUAUUGGUGUGGAUUUUCCUCUUUGUGAACAGCCUGAUGAUUUUCACCUUUUUGAAAAAGGAGGUAUUCAGGGAGGACACUCGCUACAUUUUGUUUGCACAAACCCUUUUUGUUGACUCUGCUUUCAUGGUUGUGAACAAUAUCCUGUUUUUCUGCUAUAGUUAUCAGUACCGCAUUCACAUGAUUCCUUGCAUUAUCCUCUGUUCAGUAAUGGCUUUUCUUUACAUUUGUACUCCACUGACUCUUGUGGCAAUGUGUCUGGAGCGCUAUGUUGCUAUAUGCAUGCCUUUAAGACAUGCUGACAUUUCUACCAGCAGGAAUAGAUGUUUUGGAUUUCUUAUCAUAUGGAGUAUCAGCUCCAUAGCUCCAUUGUUCAAUUUUAUAGCUUUUGUCUCAAUGGUCAAGUCUCAUACUUUGUUCUCCUAUGCUUUAUGUAGUGUAGAGUUAAUGUUAGGGGAAGAGUGGCUGGCACAAACACGUGCUUUAAUUUUACAGAUCCUUUUCUUCUUUAUGAUUGUUGUUGUUUUGUUCACCUACAUCAAGAUAAUGAUUGCAGCCAGAGCUGCCUCCUCUGACAAUAAGAAAUCAACCAACAAGAGUCUCAGAACUGUGCUGCUUCAUGCCUUUCAGCUGUUUCUGUCCAUAGUUCAGUUUGUAACACCAUAUAUAGAAAAGGAAUUUUGGAAGGGUGAUAUCAUUGUGUUUUUCAAUAUAAGAUAUUCUAAUUUUGUUGUUUUUAUGAUCGCACCACGUUGCCUCAGUCCAUUGAUUUAUGGUCUCAGAGAUGAGAAUUUUUUCAUUGUUUUAAGGCAUUAUGCAUGCUGUGGUUUUCUAUCCCAUACCUUGUCCAUUCAAAACAAAAUAAGACCUAAGUUCUUAAGUGUUUGA